GACCCCCUCCCUCCACGUCUGUCAUACACACACACACACCCCCACCCCAACCCCGUCACUGGACCGGCCAGGUGGCCGCUCCGGGCUCCUCAGUUCGGGCUCCUUGGGAGGGAAGGGGAAGCGAGGGACACGUGAAGAAAGUGAAGCCGCCGCCGCCGCAGCCCGAGCUAGCUCCCGUGGAAGGCUGCAGCCACCGCUAGCCGUCUCCUCCCCCCGCCCCCAGGCCGGGAGCGGCGAGGCGAGGGCGGGCGGCCCAGCCGCGUGUGGCCGCCGCGGACUCCGGCUGGACGCAAAGGCGACUCGUCAGCAGCCUCGUCCUCCGGAAAACAAAAUGACGAACGAAGAACCUCUCCCCAAAAAGGUUCGCCUCAGUGAAACAGACUUCAAAGUGAUGGCAAGAGAUGAAUUAAUUCUAAGGUGGAAGCAGUAUGAAGCAUAUGUACAAGCUUUGGAGGGCAAGUACACAGACCUAAACUCAAAUGAUGUAACUGGCUUGAGAGAGUCUGAAGAAAAGCUAAAGCAGCAACAACAAGAGUCUGCAAGAAGAGAAAAUAUUCUUGUUAUGAGACUGGCAACCAAGGAACAAGAGAUGCAAGAGUGUACUACUCAAAUCCAGUACCUCAAACAAGUUCAGCAGCCUAGUGUUGCCCAACUGAGAUCAACUAUGGUGGACCCAGCAAUCAACUUGUUUUUCCUAAAAAUGAAAGGUGAACUGGAACAGACUAAAGACAAACUGGAACAAGCCCAAAAUGAACUGAGUGCCUGGAAAUUUACGCCUGAUAGCCAAACAGGCAAAAAGUUAAUGGCGAAGUGUCGAAUGCUUAUUCAGGAGAAUCAAGAGCUUGGAAGGCAACUGUCCCAGGGACGUAUUGCACAACUUGAAGCAGAGUUGGCUUUACAGAAGAAAUAUAGUGAAGAACUUAAGAGCAGUCAGGAUGAACUCAAUGACUUCAUUAUUCAGCUUGACGAAGAGGUAGAGGGUAUGCAGAGUACCAUUCUAGUUCUUCAGCAACAAUUGAAGGAGACUCGUCAGCAGUUGGCUCAGUAUCAGCAGCAGUCCCAGGCCUCAGUCCCAGGUACCAGCAGGACUCCAUCUUCUGAGCCUUUAGACCAGGGAGAAGUGAUGGGUAAAGACUGCAGCCGUCUAGCUAAUGGACCAAGUAACGGCAGCUCCUCCCAUCAGAGGACGUCUGGGCCUGGAUUUUUUAGGGAGGGUAACACAACAGAAGAUGACUUUCCUACAUCUCCAGGGAAUGGUAAUAAGGUCUCCAACAACUCUGAAGAGAGAACUGGCAGAGGAGGUAGUAGUUACAUAAACCAACUCAGUACGGGGUAUGAAAGUGUAGACUCUCCCACGGGCAGUGAAAACUCUCUCACACACCACUCAAAUGACACAGACUCCAAUCAUGAUCCUCAAGAGGAGAAAGCAGUGACUGGGAAAGGUAACCGAACUGUGGGUUCCCGUCAUGUUCAGAAUGGUUUGGACUCAAGUGUAAAUGUACAGGGCUCAGUUUUGUAACAUUUUUCCAGCAACAUUUUUAUACAGUGUCAUUUAAUUUGGGAGAGGAUACUGUCCAGAAACAAUUUUAAUUAGUGCAUACUUUUUGUCACAAUUUGCCUUUUUGUGCAGUGUGGGUUUUUUUUGUUUGUUUUUGUUUUUUGUUUUUUUUUUCCCUUGCUUCAAUACCUCUGCCACUUUGGAAAUUGUAACAGUUAAUUACGUUGAACGUUGCUAAAAGGACGUUUGUGUAGGCUCAAGUUAUUUUUAUAUGAGUUAAUGUGAAGUUGAAAAUGGAAAUAAUUUCCACAAAGUAUAACACAAUGAUGUCUGUACAAAUCCAUGUAUAUCUAGAACCCGUGCUGUGUAAGGGCAUUCUUACUCAUUGUUCUUAUCCUUAUGCAACAUUCAGACUUGUCAUAGUAGUUGUGGGUUUAUGACUGCCAAGUUUGCCCAGUACAGUAGUUUUAUCACUAAAAGUUGGACUGUUGAUGGAGUCCCGUAGUAGUUUCAGUGUUAAUUACAGUUUUUUCCACCUUACAUCUGUGCAUUUUCUCUUUAGGUGACUGAAUGUUUAAGAAUUUUGUGUGCAUAGUUACUCAGUUUUUAUGAACUGUUGUAUCCUGUUAAUGCAGAUUGCUCUGUGACUCCACUAUAUCUUACCUGUACUGACCAAACCUAAAUAAAGAUUUUUAAUAAUGUAAA